CUCCGGCGGCUCCGAGCGGCGGCGGAGGAGCAGGAGGAGGAGGAGAGGGGCUGAGAUGGCGGCGGCCCCCGUGUGGGGCGGCGGGGGGAACGGCAGCCAGGGCGAGGCGUCGUGGCCCGGGCAGCCGUGCGACGAGCGGCUGUGCUCGGCGCUGCCGGUGCGGGCGCUGAUCCCGGUGACGGCGGUGUGCGCGGGGCUCUUCGCCGUCGGUGUGGUGGGCAACGUGCUGACGGUGCUGGUCGUCUGCGGGCAGCGCGACAUGAAGACCACGACCAACCUGUACCUGGGCAGCAUGGCCGUGUCCGACCUGCUCAUCCUGCUGGGGCUGCCCUUGGACCUGUACCGCCUGUGGCGCUCGCGGCCGUGGAUCUUCGGGCAGCUGCUGUGCCGCCUCUCGCACUACCUGAGCGAGGGCUGCACCUACUGCACCAUCCUCCACAUCACCGCCCUGACGGUGGAGCGCUACCUCGCCAUCUGCUUCCCCCUCAAGGCCAAGGUGGUGGUCACCAAGCGCCGCGUCAAGGCCGUCAUCGGCGCCCUCUGGGCCUUCGCCCUCCUCUCGGCCGGGCCCUUCUUCUUCCUGGUGGGCGUCGAGCAGCCCGACAACCGCACCGACUUCGGCCGCGAGUGCAAGCCCACCCCGCAGGCCCUCGAGUCCGGCCUGCUGGCCACCAUGUUCUGGGUCACCACCACCUACUUCGUCCUGCCCGUCCUCUGCCUCAACGUCCUCUACGGCUUCAUCGGACGGGAGCUGUGGCGCAGCAAGGGGCGCCUGCAGGGCCCCAGCGCGGCCCUCAGGGAGCGGGGACACCGGCAGACCGUCAAGAUCUUGGCUGUGGUGAUUCUGGCCUUUAUAAUUUGCUGGUUGCCUUUCCACAUUGGCAGGAUCAUUUUUAUAAACACUCAGGACACCAGGAUGAUGCUCUUCUCCCAGUACUUUAACAUCUUCGCCCUGCAGCUUUUCUACCUGAGUGCCUCCAUAAACCCCAUCCUCUACAACCUCAUUUCGAAGAAGUACAGGGCGGCAGUCUACAAGCUGCUGCUGCCACACCGCUCCGCGGGAAGGGCCUUUGCGAUCACUAAAGAGGCCGGAGGCUACACGGAAACCAGCACUAGCAUGAGAAACAAGUAAAUGGCUGGCCCCUGAGGCUGCACCCCGGACGCCAGGCUUUUCGAGACGUUCCCUGCGAAGGAAAGGCGCUUCCUUUUCGCAGCGGAGCCAGGAAGGGUGGACGGCUGUCAGUGCUUGUGGUGUUUUAUAGCGCUUUGUAUUUUGAAAUACGUGUAUUUUUGCUAACAGAGCAAGCGUGGACCAUGAAAUGGUGAGAACAACGUGCGGGACGUGUAAGGGAGCACGGGAGGGAAAGCCGGAGUGUAUUGCCAGUACAACUGAGGUUUAUGUUUGUUCCGUGUUGUUCAAUCGCACGUGUGUUCUCUACGAUUUGUGUUACGUCCUAAAUAUCCUGACAUGGAGGACUGCAAGGCAAGGAGCAACUCCCGGAGAGCCUUUGCUAUUUUAAAACUGGUUUUCUUGUAAGGAGAGGGACACAAAAGAAACUGUGCACCACCUCGAGCAUCCUUGAGAGAAGGAGGAGCAUGUUUUUACCACCCGCUCUUGUAAUCGCGAAUGGGAGCUGCCUGGGCAGUUCCCCAGACUCUUCCCUUGGGGAAGCAUCUUCUCGAUUACUAAAGGGCUUAGCCCUUUUGGUCUGCCCCAUGCAUUCGAGUAGGAUCUCUUAAUUACAGGCAACCAAUCCCCUAUGCCAACUGAGAUAUUCCUGGUUACAUCCUCUUGAGGUGUUUGGUUAGUGCGAGCGCUCUGCCUCCCCAGUGUCACGUUGUGUACUGUGUGUGCAAGCGAUAUGCCGAGCGAGCCGAGCUCCUCACGGAUGGGACACGUCACCCCACGUGCUGGACCGCGCCCAGGGCUUGGGGCUGUACCGCAGGUCGUAAAACAGCUCGCUAGUUUUGCUCCAGAGGGUUGAAAUACAAAGUUAACCUACAAAACGUAAGGGCGAGUACUUGCUAGGAGGGGUUAUAAAGGUGUUACGGUGCCGUUUGCUCCAGGGAGUGACUGGGUUUGACCUGGGCAUCUUACCAGUUGUCUUCCAGGCUAUCAUGAGAUAAGUCUGGAAUAAAAAUCAGUGAAGUCGGACUGCGCUUACGUGAGCAUCACUGGUGGUACGGCCGCACUUGCCUCUGCUAACUUGUUAACCUUUGUUAAUUAACGUGUCUGUGGUGCAAAAAAGUAACGUGUUCAGUGUAUGCUGGAGUCUACUGAAAUGCUGAGACAACUCAAAAUCCAGCUUGGGGAUCUCAAAACAGGAGAGUUGGAUCCAAGCCUUCUCCAGUCUUAAAAAUAUGGCCAAACUCUUUCAUUAGCAAUUCAUAACUCUGAGUCACUGAAUAAAAUAUCCAAAGGCAGAAAAGUCCCCAGCUCGCUGCGCACACAUUCAGCAUUCCUCUUGUAUCAGCUUUGUACCAGGGAGAGCAGUUGUCUGCAGGGGUUGGGUUCGGUUGGUUUGCUUUUGCUGGGCGGUGCUCUUCAUUAAAACGUUACGUUAAAAUAAAAGAACAGCUGGCAUUUUGUGUAUGCAGACGGAGGGAAAAAAAAGAAAAACAAACCUUUAUCACGCCGAUAUGUGGCCACGCAGCCUCUCUGCAUGCCCGUGGCCUGCUGGCAGUGCCUUUUCCUUUUUUUUUUUGUCUGUCUACCGAGGAUGGAAAUGUUCCCCUGACACCAGUUUCACCACAAGCCAUUGUUCAGGUAUGGCCAGCACAAGGAGUGAGCGGAGAGAGGGAAGCUGAACCCGAUGGAAGCAGGGUUGGUCCCUCUGCCCCCUUGUUUUGGGGUGCACUGGCACCUCCCCACCUUCAUCCACCGCAGCUGGGACCCCCUGCUGCCCCUGCUCCCCCGUGGAGCUUCAGCUCGAGCUGCUGAAGGUCCUGCUCAGUCUCAGAGCCGCAGCAGAAGCCUCCUGCUUCCUGCGGCAGGCUCCGUGGAGAUGGUCUGGUUUUCUGGGGAAAUCAUUUGUAUCCUCGUUAUAAAUAUCCUGGUAAGAUUAGUGGAAUAACACAUGCAGCAGGCCGCGUUUGUGAGCUUAUAAUGCCUUUUAAUUAAUGCUCUGUCCCCAUCAGGACAAAUUCUACAGAAAUAAAUGCAGUUUGGUGAGUUUCCUCAGAAUUACCAGGCCUGGCAUUGCUGUCUGCGACAGUCAGCACCGGCUCGAGUAAGAAGGGAUGCUCUAAAUAAACCAGAAGCGCUGCGUUAUUUCUUCCAGCAACUCCGCACUCAGGUGCAGCUGUGCUGUCUUGAAAUAUUUCAGUGAUAGUUUCCCUACGGGCUAUAAAAAAAAAAAAGGAAAGUGGAACAGAGGUGCAGAACCACCCUCCCACGCAGAGAGAAAUGAUGAUGAACGGCUUUCAAAAGAGAGAAAAGGCGGGAAUGUAAAAACAAAGCAUGAAGAUGGAUGAAAAGAGAAAGCACGUCAGGGUGCUCUGCUUCUCACGCACCUUCAGGGAACACUGGGCUACGCUGAGACGUGUGGAGGGGGAAUUAGUGAUUCUACACAGCCCACGGGCACCCCCGGAGACUUGUUACAGAGCACAGUGGUACUUACAAAGACCUUAAGCCAAAGUUUACUACCUGGACUUCAAUUCUUAAACACACGAACAGCUUUUCUCACAGCAGAUUGGAAAGCAACUCCUCCUGUCAAUGGCCAGCCCGGAACCACUGCAGCCUAAAGCAAACUCUCAGCCCUGCUGGCAACGGUGGCAUUUUGGGGACACUUUCCAGGCCCCAUAGGAUUCAGCACCACAGAAUUGGCGCCUCCAGCACAGACACCUGCAGGGCUCGCUCACCCCUGCCCUGUGCCUGCAGAAGCUGCCUGAAACCCGCCACUGACUUCUAAAAAUUUCCAUCUAACUUUCAGGUAUUUCUUUAAAAAAAAAAAUAAAAGAUGAAGAAGAACAGCUGGGAAAGAGAAAGCUGA